AUGCCUAAAAACAACUAUCCACUUAAGUUUUCAGGUGAAGAAUUUAACGGGAAAGAAAAAAAGUUGUAUAGAAGUUCAGGAAAAUAUUUUGAAAACCGCGAAAUCACAACAUGGAGUAUAGAUAGUUUCUUGGAUUAUUUAGACAAUAAUAAAGGACGUUCACAUAAGUUUCCUUUAAUCGUCAAGAAAGAAAUUUUUACGAGUUGGCUCGAAAAUAAAUUAGAAAGCGGAAACAUAAGUAGCCAAAAAAAAUCCGAAGGAACCCCUUCCAAAUCACUUGUUAAAACCGGAAAGGCGUGCGAUAACUAUAUUAAUUUUGACGAUUACGCGGAGAAAAACAUUACAAAAAAGAUGGAAAUUUCUUUGCGUAUUGAAAUAAACAAGGAUAUUUCGUUAUAUGACGAGCCCGGUUACAUUUACAUUUACAAAGUAUCAAAUAAAGAAAAAAAAAUGAACCAUUUAUAUAAAAUUGGAAGAACAAAAAGCGUGGAUCGACGUUUGGAGCAGUGGGAAAAAAAAUGCCAUUACAAAGCAGAAUUAAUAAAAGCUUUACCCGAUGACAAAAAAUGUAAAUAUACUCAUUGUACGGAAAGACUUAUUCAUUUAGAAUUAGAAGUACAUCGAGUUGAUUUAUCGUGUGGUGUGUUCAAUAGUGGAGAAAUGGGUGUUCUUCGUAGAGAAGGCUUACGGAUUUGA